AUGGAGGGGCAGCAGUGGAACAGUGAGAUACAGGACAAACUUCACUCCCAGAACUCAAUCAUAUGUGGACUUAUUAUGGAUUACCUGCAGCUACCAGGUAAGAAUCAAAUGAGCAUAUCAAUUAUCUCUAUGGUAUCUCUAUGGGGUUAUGUCAGUUAUGUCAUGAUGUGAUUUGUUGUGUGUGUUUUGAGACAUUCGCUCAGGUAAAGCGGUAAACACUGAGAUAAGGCUUUAGGCUAUUUAAAUAAAUAGUUGAUUAUGAUAUCUAUGAAUAAGAAACCAUAUUUAUGUUAGCAUAUCUAUCUAUUUGAACAAUAUUUUGGACUCACAUGGUACACAUGGUAUGUAAAUAACAUUUGUAACAUGUGAUCUUGUUGGGAACUCUGUAUUUGCUUGAUAUUGUUGAGUGGAGACAAAGAACAAGUCAGACUACUUUUUAGUUGUAUUAAUAUGUUGCAAUUACUUGCGUUACGUUUGUAUCUAUUAACUGCACACACACUCGUCCCUCCAGGCCAGACUCACCAUCUUUUGGCAGUCUGUUUAUUUCUCUGACCUGGCCCUUGGUUACAUUCUGAUCCUUCAAACGGGCAGACUGGGUUACACACAAAACUGUGCUCCUGAUUACAUGGCCUGAGUCUACUGUUGCUUACAUGGUUUCAAUAGAUGAAUAUACGGGAAACAUUCUAUUCUUAUUCGAAUUACAAUAAAUUACUAUGAUGCUUCUUCCCACCCUGCCCUCACACCCCACCUCACUACUAUGCUUUCCUUCGAUCUUCAGUCUCUACUUUACAGGCAAAAUUCAAAAUUCAAAGAAUUCCUCAUGACAAUAUACAGUAGACAUGUCAAUAUUGGUGUUGGAUCAUCAUGUACUCUCCGUUUAUUUGUUCCAGAAAGCAUCAUAGAAAACUCUACACCUGGUGGGCAGAUUUUGGCAGAGAGUAAACAGAGAAGCUCCUCUGACAAUAUCAACCCUCCACAGACAAGUGACAACACCUGCAUACCCAAGGACUUCAGCUGCAUCUACAGCAAAGGUAAACCCAGCCCAACAAAAGCUGCAUUAUGAGGCUGAUGAAAGCUACUGCUACUAGCCUAUUCAUCGGUUAUACUGCACUCAUGGUCUUCAUCCCAAAUGGGACCUUUUUCCCUAUAUAGUGCCGUACUUUUGACUAGGGCCCAUAGGGCUCUGGUCAAAAGUAGAGCACUGUAGGGACUAGGGUGCCAUUUGGGACACAUUCAGGGUCAACAUGGUCUGGCUUUCUAUCCUGAAGGUGAAAGAAACGCACACCUGUUUAGGCGAGGUGCUGGCUAGCGGAGUAGAAAAGGACAGCCGCACACUCCAGGAGCUCAGAUGCAAUAAUUGUAUAACCAACGUUUCGACAGCCAAGCUGUCUUCAUCAGGAUAUAUUGACAAACACCACGGGUCACUAGUUUACAUAGUUUGAAAGGACACACACAGGUGUCUGUAAUCAUGGCCGGCUGUAUCUUGAUUUCAUUGGUUGAUUUACAGAUAUACUGUAAAUAGAACAUAUAAAAAAGCAUGAAUGGAUAACAUACGAUCAUAGAUACAAUUUGGCUACAUAGGCCUACAAACAUUAUUUACAAUGGAUAGCAAAUUAAAUGAAAGGUCCAAGCGGCCUCUCAUUUUAACAAUAAAUUGUCAAGGUCAUCCCCUCUCCUAGGGAGGGGGACGUGUUCGAUGCUGAUAUAACGAAGGGACAAAAUAGAGUGGUUCGCUUCCAAAAAGUGGGCCGCAUCUGGGUACGUCGAGUUUUUGACCUAAUGUUGCUACAAUGCUCAGAAAUUCGUACUUUUAUUUCACGCUUCGUUUUGCCCACAUAAUAUUUACCACAAGGACAAGUUAUAAGAUAAAUAACUGCCUUAGUGGAGCACGUGAUAACACCUUUGAUUGUGACCUGUUUCUCUGUUUGGGGAUGUUUGAAUGAUCUACAUUUGUAAGUGCCAUUGCAUUGAGUGCUGCCAUUACACUUGUAGUUUCCAUCCGGUAGAGGCUCAAGGAUAUGUUGGUGUAGGGGUAUUUUGGGGUGGUAAAUCAGAGUUUACCAAUUGAUCUCUGAGAUUUCUGCCCCGCGAGAAUACGACCAAGGGAGGGUCUGAAAACACAUUACCAAUACUGUCAUCGGUAAUACUGUCCUCCUCCCUGGGACUCGUGUUCCUGUAUACAUACAGGAGGGACAUCACUCACUGAGGCAGUGCAGAUCAACCUGGACUCUGGAGUAGACAUAACAUAGUAAACGUAAAUCUGUCUCCCUCAAUUUAGUAUGAUAUGAUACGUAUGGUAUGUAUUAAUUUGUGAAUGUCCAUCAUACAUUUCUUAUGAUAUGUUACCAAUUACAAUUUGUAUGAUAUGUUACGAAUUGCAUUUCGUACAAUAUGUUGUGAAUUUCCAAUACGUAUGACAUGUUAGGAUUUCCAAUUUGUUGUGGCUAACGUUAGCUAGGCUAGGGUUUAGGGGUUAACGUAAAAAAAAAAAAUAUGUUUUAGGGCGUAUAUUUAUCAAUCUGAUACAGUGCAUUCGGAAAGUAUUCAGACCCCUUGACAUUUUCCACAUUUUGCUACUUUACAGCCUUAUUCUAAAAUUGAUUUUUUUUUAAUUAUCCCCUCAUCAAUCUACACACAAUACCCCAUAAUGACAAAUCAAAAACUCUUUUUUAAAAAGAAGUUUUAGCAAAUUUGUUAAAAAUAAAAUACAGAAAUAUGACAUUUACAUAAGUAUUCAGACCCUUUACUCAGUACUUUGUUGAAGCACCUUUGGCAGCGAUUAUAGCCUUGAGUUUUUUUGGUUAUGAUGCUACAAGCUUGCCACACCUGUAUUUGGGGAGGUUCUCCCAUUCUUCUCUGCAGAUUCUCUCAAGCUCUGUCAGGUUGGAUGGGGAACAUCGCUGAACAGCUAUUUUCAGGUCUCUCCAGAGAUGUUAGAUCGGGUUCAAGUCCAGGCCACUCAAGGACAUUCAGAGAGUUGUCCCGAAGCCAUUCCUGUGUUGUCUUGGCUGUGUGCUUAGGGUCAUUGUCCUUUUGGAAGGUGAAGCUUCGCCCCAGUCUGAGGUCCUGAGCGCUCUGGAGCAGGUUUUCAUCAAGGAUCUCUCUGUACUUUGCUCCGUUCAUCUUUCCCUCGAUCCUGAUUAGUCUCCCAGUCCCUGCCACUGAGAAGCAUCCCCACAGCAUGAUGCUGCCACCACAGGGAUGGUGCCAGGUUUCCUCCAGACGUUGCGCUUGGCAUUCAGGCCAAUGAGUUCAAUCUUGGUUUCAUCAGACCAGAGAAUCUUGUUUCUCAUGGUCUGAGAGUCCUUUAGGUGCCUUUUGGCAAACUCCAAGCGGGCUGUCAUGUGCCUUUUGCUGAGGAGUGGCUUCCGUCUUGCUACUCUACCAUAAAAGCCUGAUUGGUGGAGUGCUGCAAAGAUGGUUGUCCUUCUGGAAGGUUCUCCUAUCUCCACAGAGGAACUCUGGAGCUCUGUCAGAGUGACCAUCAGGUUCUUGGUCACCUCCCUGACCUAGGCCCUUCUCCCCCGAUUGCUCAGUUUGGAACAAAUUGCCCAAUUUGUAAGUCGCUCUGGAUAAGAGCGUCUGCUAAAUGACGUAAAUGUAAAAUGUAAAUGAAUAGUAUUGGUGGUUCCAAACUUCUUCCAUUUAAGAAUGAUGAAGGCCACUAUGUUGUUGGGGAUCUUCAAUGCUGCAGAAAUGUUUUAAUAACCUUCCCCAGAUCUGUGUUGACACAAUCCUGUCUCGGAGUUCUACGGACAAUUCCUUUGACCUCAUGGCUUGUUUUUUGCUCUGACGUGCACUGUCAACUGUGGGACCUUAUAUAGACAGGUGUGUGCCUUUCCAAAUCAUGUCCAAUCAAUUUAAUUUAACACAGGUGGACUCCAAUCGAGUUGUAGAAUUAUCUCAAGGAUGAUCAAUGGACACAGUAUCCACCUGUCUCAAGGCAAAGGGGCUGAAUACUUAUGUAAAUAAGGUAUUUAUGUUUUUGGUUUUUAAUAGAUUUGCCAACAUUUCUAAAAACAUGUUUUCGCUUUGUCAUUAUGGGGUAUUGUGUGUAGAUUGAUGAAGGAAAAACAAUUGUUUAAUCCAUUUUAGAAUAAGGCUGUAACGUAACAGAAUUUUGAAAAAGGGAAGGUGUCUGAAUACUUUCCAAACAAAAAUAUAAAUGCAACAUGCAACAAUUUAAAAUAUUUUACUGAGUUACUAUCACGUUUCAGGAGAAGACCCAGAUGCAGACAGUGUCGAAGUAACAAAAGUUUAUUACAAAAACAGAGGUCAGUAAUCCAGAUCAGAGUCCAAAAGGUACAGAACGGCAGGCAGUCUCAGGGUCAGGGCAGGCAGAGGUCAAUAAUCCAGGGUUGUGUGACAAGGUACAGAACAGCAGGCAGGCUCCGGGUCAGGGCAGGCAGAAUGGUCAAAACCGGGAAAACUAGAAUAAAUGAAUUUACAUUUGAUAUUUUUUUUUUUACAUUUUAGUCAUUUAGCAGACGCUCUUAUCCAGAGCGACUUACAGUUAGUGCAUACAUUUUUCAUACUGGCCCCCCGUGGGAAUCGAACCCACAACCCUGGCGUUGCAAGUGCCAUGCUCUACCAACUGAGCUACAGGAGUUGGUAGGCCACCAAAAGCGUUGUCGCACAAAGGCCAGGGUCCGACGGGAGCCCGGGUGGCAGGCAAGCCUGGAGGAGUGGGCCCACUCCAGGACCGGGGUUCGGCUGGGAACGCUGCGCCUCCUGGACCUGCUUCCCUAUUCCCCAACUGAGUGCUGUCGCCAAGCACAAGGUGGGAAGGAUGGUCUUGGAUUCCGGGGGUGUAGCAGCGGGGCUAUAGCGGCGUGACAGCGCAUCUGGCUUGACAUUCUCGGUAUGAGAGGGAGAAGUUGAACCGGGUGAAAAGCAGGGCCCACCUAGCUUGCCUGGAAUUGAGACGCUUGGCGGUGCGGAGAUAUUCCAAGUUCUUGUGGUCUGUUCAUACAAUGAACGGAUGUUCUGCUCCCUCCAACCAGUGCCUCCACUUCUCCAACGCCAUCUUCACCGCAAGAAGCUCACGAUUCCCCACAUCAUAAUUCCUCUCCGUGGUGUUGAGGCGAUGGGAGAAGAAGGCGCAGGGAUGUCACUUGAGGUCCAGGGCCGAGCACUGGGACAAGACCGCCCCCACUCCGACAUCAGAAGCAUCGGCCUCCACCACGAACUGGCGGGACGGGUCAGGAUGAACCAAGAUGGGAGCAGUAGUGAAACGGUGUUUGAGGACCCGGAACGCCCGGUCAGCAGCUGGGGACCAUGUGAACGGAACCUUGGGAGAGGUGAGUGCAGACAGGGGGGAAGCCACGGUGCUGUAACCCCGGAUAAAGCGGAAAUAAAAGUUGGCAAAUCCCAGGAAAUGUUGCAGCUGCACUCUGGACGUAGGCUGGGGCCAAUCCACCACCGCUCUCACCUUCCCGGGAUCCAUCUGUACACUCCCUGCUGCGAUGAUGUAGCCCAGGAAGGGGAUGGUGGAGCGAUGGAAUUCGCAUUUCUCCGCUUUCACAAAAAGUUGGUUCUCCAGGAGGCGUUGGAGGACCUGUCAGACAUGGAGCAUUUAUUCUUGGGCGGAGCGGGAGAAGACGAGGAUGUCCCCGAGGUGGACGAAGACGAACCGGUUCAACAUGUCGCAGAGAAUAUCAUUAACCAGGGCCUGGAACACAGCUGGAGCAUUGGUAAGGCCAAAUGGCAUGACCAGAUACUCGUAGUGACCGCUGGCCUUGUUGAAGACAGUCUUCCACUCGUCCCCCUCCCGAAUCUGCACCAGGUGGUAGGCAUUCCGUAGGUCCAGCUUGGAGAACACGUUGGCCCCCUGGAGCGGCUCGAAGGCAGAGGAGAUGAGUGGUAGCGGGUAGCGGUUCUACCGUUGAGGCCCCGGUAGUCGAUGCACGGGUGCAGGGUUUUGUCCUUCUUCUCCACAAAGAAGAACCCUGCGCCUGCGGGGGAGGCAGAGGGACGGAUGAACCUGGCAGCUAGGGAGUCCUCAAUGUACACUACCAGUCAAAAGUUUGGACACACCUACUCAUUCAAGGGUUUUUCUUUAUUUUUACUAUGUAUUACAUUGUAGAAUAAUAGUGAAGACAUCAAAACUAUGAAAUAACACAUAUGGAAUCAUGUAGUAACCCAUAAAGUGUUAAACAAAUCAAAAUAUAUUUUAUAUUUGAGACUCUUCAAAUAGCCACCCUUUGCCUAGAUGACAGCUUUGCACACACUUGGCAUUCUCUCAACCAGCUUCAUGAUGUAGUCACCUGGAAUGCAUUUCAAUUAACAGGUGUGCCUUCUUAAAAAUUAAUUUGUGGAAUUUCUUUCCUUCUUAAUGCGUUUGAGCCAAUCAGUUGUGUUGUGACAAGGUGUGUGUGUGUGUGUGUGUGUGUGUGUGUGUGUGUGUGUCUGUGGGGGGGGGGGGGGGGGGGGGGUUAUACAGAAGAUAGCCCUAUUUGGUAAAAGAGCAAGUCCAUAUUAUGGCAAGAACAGCUCAAAUAAGCAAAGAGAAACAACAGUCCAUCAUUACUUUAAGACAUGAAGGUCAGCAAAUACGGAACAUUUCAAGAACUUUGAAAGUUUCUUCAAGUGCAGUCGCAAAUACCAUCAAGCGCUAUGAUGAAAUUGGCUCUCAUGAGGACCACCACAGGAAUGGAAGAUCCAGAGUUACCUCUGCUGCAGAGUAUACGUUCAUUAGAGUUACCAGCCUCAGAAAUUGCAGCCCAAAUAAAUGCUUCACAGAGUUCAAGUCACAGACACAUCUCAACAUCAACUGUUCAGAGGGGACUGUGUGAAUCAGGCCUUCAUAGUCGAAUUGCUGCAAAGAAACCACUACUAAAGGACACCAAUAAGAACAAGAUACCUGCUCUGGACAAGAUACACGAGCAAUGGACAUUAGACCAGUGGUCAUUUGUCCUUUGGUCUGGAGUCCAAAUUGGAGAUUUUUGGUUCCAACCGCCGUGUCUUUGUGAGACGUGGUGUGGGUGAACGGAUGAUCUCCGCAUGUUCCCACCGUAAAGGAUGGAGAAGGAGGUGUUAUGGUGUAGGGGUGCUUUGCUGGUGACACUGUCCGGGAUUUAUUUAGAAUUUAUUUAGAAUUCAAGGCACACUGAACCAGCAUGGCUACCACGGCAUUCUGCAGCAGUACACUAUCCCAUCUGGUUUGGGCUUAGUGGGACUAUCUUUAAUUUUUCAAUAGGACAAUGACCCAACACACCUCCAGGCUGUUUAAGGGCUAUUUUACCAAGAAGGAGAGUGAUGGAGUGCUGCAUCAGAUGACCUGGCCACCACAAUCCCCCGAACUCAACCCAAUUGAGAUGGUUUGGGAGGAGUCGGACGGCAGAGCGAAGGAAAAGCAGCCAACAAGUGUUAACCUCUAUGGGAUCGGUGUCCCGUAUACGGGACGGUUGAGCUAACGUGCGCUAAUGUGAUUAGCAUGACUGUUGUAAGAAACAGCAAACUUUCCAGGACAUAUUUACAUUUACAUUUCUUGUCAUUUAGCAGACGCUCUUAUCCAGAGCGACUUACAGGAGCAAUUAGGGAUAAGUGCCUUGCUCAUAGACAUGUUACAUGGGCAGAAAGCUUAAAUUAUUCUUAAUCUAACUGCACUGUCCAUGCUAUUGUUUGAGAAGAGUGCACAACAACAAAAAACUUAGCACGGCAACUGGUUUGAUACAUUCACCUCUGAAGGUAAAUAAUGUACUUACAUUCAGUAAUCUUGCUCUGAUUUUUCAUCCUUAGGGUCCCAGAGAUAAAAUGUAGCAUAGUUUUGUUUGAUACAAUCCAUUUUUAUAUUCAAAUGUAGGAACUGGGUUCUACAGUUUGAACCCCUGCUCGGCCAUCUAGAUGUGUGAAAGUUAGUGUAUAAGCUAAUGAUCCAUCGUGUAUGACAUUCCUGGGAGUGUGUAAACUUACAUUUUGUGUUACCAUAUCAUUUUUGUAUGUUCUCUAUAGUUAUGUACUUGAAAAUGUAUCAAUUGACCAAUUCGGCACAUUUGGGCAGACUUGAUACAACAUAGUCCAGUAUUGCAAUGCUUCACUGGAUCAAUCUGAAACUUUGCAUACACACUGCUGCCAUCUAUUGGCCAAACUCUAAAUUGCACCUAAACUGUAAUAUUAUAUUAUGGCCUUUCUCUUGCAUUUCAAAGAUGAUAUAUAUAUAUUUUUUUAAACAUGUUUUUUUGUUUGUAUUAUCUUUUACCAGACCUAAUUUGUUAUAUACUCCUACAUUAAUUUCACAUUUCCACAAACUUCAAAGUGUUUCCUUUCAAAUUGUAUCAAGAAUAUACAUAUCCUUACUUCAGGUCCUGAGCUACAGACAGUUAGAUUUGGGUAUGUCAUUAUAGGCGAAAAUGGAAGAAAAGGGUCCGAAAGAAAAACCCUUGAAUGAGUAGGUGUGUCCAAACUCUUGACUGGUACUGUAUAUCCCAGACAAGAUUAAAGAAUUUGACAAGUAGAAUAUAGAGGAAAACCUGGUUCAGUCUGCUUUCCAACAGACACUGGGAGACAGAUUCACGUUUCAGCAGGACAAUAACCUAAAACACAAUGCCAAAUAUACACUGAGUGUACAAAACAUUAAGAACAUCUGCUCUUUCCAUGACAUAGACUGACCAGGUGAAUCCAGGUGAAAGCUAUGAUCCCUUCUUGAUGUCACUUGUUAAAUCCAUGUCAAUCAGUGUAGAUGAAGGGAAGGAGAGGUUAAAGAAGGAUUUUUAAGCCUUGAGACAAUUGAGACAUGGAUUGUGUAUGUGUCAUUCAGAGGGUGAAUGGACAAAAUAUUUAACUGCCUUUGAAUGGGGUAUGGUAGUAGGUGCCAGGUGCACUGGUUUGAGUAUGUCAAGAACUGCAACGCUGCUGGGUUUUUCACGCUCAACAGUUUCCUGUGUGCAUCAAGAAUGGUCUACCACCAAAAGGACAUCCAGCCAACUUGACACAACUGUGAGAAGCAUUAGAGUCAACAUGGGCCAGCAUCCCUGUGGAACGCUUUCGACACCUUGUAGAGUCCAUGCCCCGACGAAUUGAGGCUGUUCUGAGGGCAAAAGUGGGUGCAACUCAAUAUAAGGAAUGUUUUGUAUAUCAAAUCAAAUCAAAUUUCAUUUGCCACAUGCGCCAAAUAGUGAAAUGCUUACUUACAGCCCUUAACCAACAAUGCAUUUAUUUUUUUUAUAAAAAAAUAAAAUAAAACAACAACAACAAAAAAGUGUUGAGAAAAAAAGAGCACAAGUAAAAUAAAAUAACAGUAGGGAGGCUAUAUACAGGGGGGUACCGGUGCAGAGUCAAUGUGCGGGGGCACCGGAUGGUUGAGGUAGUUGAGGUAAUAUGUACAUGUGGGUAGAGUUAAAGUGACUAUGCAUAAAUAAUAAACAGAGUAGCAACAGCGUAAAAAUAUGGGGUGGGGGUAGGGGGGGCAGUGCAAAUAGUCUCGGUAGCCAUGAUUAGCUGUUCAGGAGUCUUAUGGCUUGGGGGUAGAAGCUGUUGAGAAGCCUUUUGGACCUAGACUUGGCGCUCCGGUACCACUUGCCGUGCGGUAGCAGAGAGAACAGUCUAUGACUAGGGUGGCUGGAGUCUUUGACAAUUUUGAGGGCCUUCCUCUGACACCGCCUGGUAUAGAGGUCAUGGAUGACAGGAAGCUUGGCCCCAGUGAUGUACUGGGCCGUACGCACUACCCUCUGUAGUGCCUUGCGGACGAAGGCCGAGCAGUUGCCAUACCAGGCGGUGAUGCAACCAGUCAGGAUGCUCUCGAUGGUGCAGCUGUAUAACUUUUUGAGGAUCUGAGUAUACUCAGUGUAAGUCAGUGUUUGCGUCCGUAGCAGUUUGCAUAAAUUUGAGUGGUUAAAUACAAUACAUAUUGACAGAAUGGCUGUGAGACAGAGAAAGAGAGACUGUUGCUGUACUCCCAGGUAAGGCCCUUGCUUCUGGUACCACUGAAGGCCCCAGUGUUCAGUCAGGCAGCUUGAAGAAGAUGUGUCACCAUCCAUGUCACAGCACACAGUGGCCUGAUUGGGAGAUCAAAAUAAAUGCAUUAUGUACCUUUCAUCACGAAAGUCAUGUUAGCAUUCACUGCACGUUGCUGAACAAUUCAGCCCUUUUGCUAGCGUAAUUGAUAUAUGGAAAUUCACAUACAAUAUUCAUAAGCUUUGACUGUAAUACCUGUAGGGUCUUGUGGGCUGCUUUAGCAUUAGCUAGCCUAACAUGAAUCAUAUUACCGGUGCUAAUAUUUCUUUCUUUCAAUACAUGCACCUGAAUAUUUCAAUUUCAUAAACCAUGUAUCCUGGACCUUUUAAAACUACUCGCAGGCCGCUAACUGUUUGAUAACAAACAACCUUGUCCAGUCAUGUUACCUAGCUGGCUAACAACCUGGUAACUCGACCACCAGUAUGCUUUAAGAUGGCACUGGAAGAAAGAAAAGGGGCUCCUGGAUGUGCUCUCAGGCCUAUAGGCUAAAUCAAUUGAAAUCAAUCCCUUUUUAUGGUGCUCCUACAUACUUUUUGGUACUCUUAAUUAUUUAAAGACGAGCACUGACUACAAAUUUAAAAAGUUAAUUUACAGCCCUGACCGUGUCCCUUUAUCUUUAGAUCUACUCCCUGCCCUCAGUGGUGAGGACACAACCAAAGGUUUCUUCCAAGAGCUGGUGAGCGUUCUCCUCAGCUAUGUCUGCAAGUCGUUCAGAAGGAGCUCCAAAGUCCUGGACUUCCACCACCCUCACCAACUCAGAGAGGGUCUGGAGGGCUUCAGUCUGGAUCUCCCAGACCAGCCAGAGAACCUGGAACAACUCCUGGUCGACUGCAGGGACACCUUGAAGUAUGGAGUCAAAACAGGUACCGUAAGAGCUGUCGACUGUUUUGCCAAAAAUGUACUCUAGGUACAAAACCUGUACUCCAUUAGGGGUGUAACAGUUAAUCAAACCCAAGGUUCAGUACAUAUUGCAGUUUUGGGGUCAGGGUUCGGUUCGGGUACAGCGGGAAAAUGAAAUGACAACAGUUAAUGUAGUUCCUUUUUGUUUAUUUAAGAAAAUCCAAGUGUUGGUAUUCCUGAUUCCAUUUGAUCAUGAGUCAUAAUGCUUGAUGAGAGCACAAUCAGAGUACCAACACUUGCUGUAUUUUCUUAAAUGAGAACACACGAUUACUCAUCAACAACACCACUAAAAUAAAGUGCAAUAUGCCUGUGAAAUCAAUAUGUAAACAUGGCUCAGACAUUGUAUAGGCCUAUGCUGUAAUGUUUUCUUAGAAAGAGAAAAAUAUGCACACUUGUGUGACGCUCCUAAAGGGGGCGUGUCUGUAUCACAGGUACUUCUAAUUUCCCACUCUGUGGUAAUGUGAUGGGCUGUCACUGUUAAGUAGCUCUCUGUAGCCCUGGAGAUCCAUCCAUCUGUAGUAAGUGCAACCCAGGGUGCAUUGGCCAAUUCAUUGACAACUUUGGCUUUAGCUUGCUUAUAUAGAGCGGGUACUACCUGUUUGCUGAAAUGGGUGCGAGAGGGAGAAGUUCGUAAGGGACAGUUCAACAUCUACUGAAAGGAGUAUCAAGCUCAUCAGGUGCACUUUCACCACCCUGUGAAGUUCAUCAUAACUUAUUUAAUCUGUAGCCUAAUAAACUGCCUGCUUUCCAGAGUCUAGUGGGAGGACCACACAACACAUCAUCUCAUGACUCCAAGUGUACUUCGAUAUCAGGGGUUGCGUUAACGCAGAAUUCAGCAUUUUUCACGCAGACAAAAAAGAUCAAUCGCAUAAGAAAUAUCUUGCUGUGUUUUGUAAACGCAGGUCGAAAAUGCUUCUCACGCCUUGACCACACCUACAGCAUCAUUGCACAAAAUGGUAGGCAGCAUCAUCUGGAUAUGUGUGCAACAAAAGUUCAACCUUGACCUUCUGCUACCAUUUCUGUCAAGCCAUCUACGCAUACAAUUUGAUGCAUAUGUUCGAUUAAUCCCACAUAUGCACCACACAGAACACGCUGCAACUGUCUCUGUAACGCAAUGCUGCAAGGCAAACGCAGUGUUCCAUUGGAAAUUAAUGUACUUCUGGAGUACCAAAACACAAUUUCACUGUAGGUGUGAUCGAGGCGUUAUUGUAAUUUCUGUUUGGCAUCAGACUCAUUUUGUGCUUCAGUUGCACUUCUCCACUUAUGAUGAGAAUUCACUAAGGGGCAUUCUAUCAUCAGACAGCUAUCAUCAGACAACGCUCUGACUGAUGUGUAGACACUUUUCUCUGUGUUUCUCUGGUAAAAUUAGCUUCAAGCAAAACAUUAGGAAGUGUAGCUGGCUACAUUCUUUCUAUGAGAAACAUGAUAUAAUAAUAUGCCAUUUAGCAGACGCUUUUAUCCAAAGCGACUUACAGUCAUGCGUGCAUACAUUUUUGUGUAUGGGUGGUCCCGGGGAUCGAACCCACUACCUUGGCGUUACAAGCGCCGUGCUCUACCAGCUGAGCUACAGAGGACCACGCAGAGGACCAUGCAUAGUUUUUGCUAAACAGACCUUGCUUUUUCAUUGUAAGCUAAUUUACUUGUGUGGCUGCUAGCCAAAUAGUGUUGCACUUCUGUUGUCAGCUGAUGAAAAUGAAGCUAUUUUCUGCAGAAUGUGUUGCACUAAUGUAUUUUCUGUGAAGGAAAACUAUAGUUGCUUGCCCCUGAUGACUCUAUUGAAGCAACAACAAAAAAACACUCUUGACUUUCAAUAUAAAACGCAGGUGAAAUAGUUUAAAAUGCAGAUUUCUGAACUCUAACGCGAUCCCUGGAUAUGAUGUUUAUGAUAUCAAUAUUAGAGCGUUAAAGCUUUUCUACUGUCAUUUCUUGCAUAAUUCCUUUUACAGACACAAAAAUAUCCCACCUUGUCUAGUGUAUUUUGUUUUGUCAACAUUUGGAAAGUUUACCAACAAAUUAGCUAGCUGUUUACAUCAGGCUGGUCAUGAAAUGUUUUAUCCAACAUGUACUUUACUCGCAUCAAAAGGUUGGAUGGAAACCUGGUUAAUGUCAAACCAUUUUGAGGAUGCUGGAAUUAUAUUUUGGACGCAUUUGCGCAUGCCUACAGCAGACUUUUGAAGUAGCAUAAUCAGAUUAAAACAUUGUGACUGGUUGUGUUUGAUACACAAGGUUGGUUUAGAUUGUUGACAACAUGUAAACUAUAUUUUGUCUCCAAUGUUUAUUAAAAACAUAAAUACAUUUGCACAAUAACUACUUGUCUCUCAAAUACAUUGUUACAGUUGGUGGUUGGCUAUCUAGCGAAUCUUUGCCUUAUUAGCAUUGACGUGAAAUCAGUCUAAACACAAGAUGAAACAAGCUGAAAUGAGCCACUUACAAUUCCCCAGAUGGCAGUUUCUUGUCAUUCUUGCUAGCAAUCUGGCGUCCCAGAAUCACAACAGAAUCACAACAACUGGCUGACUUCUCGCCAUGGAAGCGCUCAUCGUUUUCGUGACGUUAUCAGCCAACCCAUCUAUAUGGCAACAUUAUUAUAGGACGACUUCGGAGAAUGAUGAUCUGCAACAGAUCGCACAUAGCAAUAUCAGAAGUAAAAAUACAACCAGACUGGCCUGCUACUGUGCCUUUCUAGUGUAGUGUAUUAAAAUUAUGUCUUUGUUAAAGGUUUUUCAUGAAGAAAUGGAAGGUUGAUUAUUGCUAUCAAGAGGGAAGGUUUUAGCGUGACGUCACAUAUGACAGACAGGAAGUGGGUGGUAAGAUAUGGGGAUUGAACAGUAGAGGGAGCUAUUCAACUCUUGGAAGGCUAUAUAAAGGGGGGAGCGGUGACGAAGAGUUAGAAUACAGCAAGAUUUAUUUGGGUCUGGUUCUCCGGAUAUUGUGUCCGUACUUACGCUGGAACCUCGUGGUUUGAAUAAAGGCCUUUGAACACGAUCCAGCCUAAGCAGACUCCUUGAUUGACGAUAACACCUACGAAUAACCUACACUACACUAGACCUUAUACACUGUCGAGAGUAGACCCACAACUGAUCCAAAUGGAAAGAAACAUUAAAAUCACAGAGCUUUUGCGCGUUAUUCAAAUGAAAAAUGUUCACUGCAGCCUAGAGUAGAAUUUUGUACUCACGUAUUCAUUGCAUUUUGGUGUUGUAGGCUAGUCUAAGUAGGAUAAUUGUAUUGUCCCUAAAAAUAUCAAAUCAAAUUGUAUUGGUCGCAUACACAUACAGUGGGGAAAAAAAGUAUUUAGUCAGCCACCAAUUGUGCAAGUUCUCCCACUUAAAAAGAUGAGAGAGGCCUGUAAUUUUCAUCAUAGGUACACGUCAACUAUGACAGACAAAUUGAGAAAAAAAAAUCCAGAAAAUCCCAUUGUAGGAGUUUUAAUGAAUUUAUUUGCAAAUUAUGGUGGAAAAUAAGUAUUUGGUCACCUACAAACAAGCAAGAUUUCUGGCACUCACAGACCUGUAACUUCUUCUUUAAGAGGCUCCUCUGUCCUCCACUCGUUACCUGUAUUAAUGGCACCUGUUUGAACUUGUUAUCAGUAUAAAAGACACCUGUCCACAACCUCAAACAGUCACACUUCCAAACUUCACAAUGGCCAAGACCAAAGAGCUGUCAAAGGACACCAAAAACAAAAUUGUAGACCUGCACCAGGCUGGGAAGACUGAAUCUGCAAUAGGUAAGCAGCUUGGUUUGAAGAAAUCAACUGUGGGAGCAAUUAUUAGGAAAUGGAAGACAUACAAGACCACUGAUAAUCUCCCUCGAUCUGGGGCUCCACGCAAGAUCUCACCCCGUGGGGUCAAAAUGAUCACAAGAACGGUGAGCAAAAAUCCCAGAACCACACGGGGGGACCUAGUGAAUGACCUGCAGAGAGCUGGGACCAAAGUAACAAAGCCAACCAUCAGUAACACACUACGCCGCCAGGGACUCAAAUCCUGCAGUGCGAGACGUGUCCCCCUGCUUAAGCCAGUACAUGUCCAGGCCCGUCUGAAGUGCAUUUGGAUGAUCCAGAAGAGGAUUGGGAGAAUGUCAUAUGGUCAGAUGAAACCAAAAUAUAACUUUUUGGUAAAAACUCAACUCGUCAUGUUUGGAGGACAAAGAAUGCUGAGUGCAUCCAAAGAACACCAUACCUACUGUGAAGCAUGGGGUUGGAAACAUCAUGCUUUGGGGCUGUUUUUCUGCAAAGGGACCAGGACGACUGAUCCGUGUAAAGGAAAGAAUGAAUGGGGCCAUGUAUCGUGAGAUUUUGAGUGAAACCCUCCUUCCAUCAGCAAGGGCAUUGAAGAUGAAACGUGGCUGGGUCUUUCAGCAUGGCAAUGAUCCCAAACACACCGCCCGGGCAACGAAGGAGUGGCUUCGUAAGAAGCAUUUCAAGGUCCUGGAGUGGCCUAGCCAGUCUCCAGAUCUCAACCCCAUAGAAAAUCUUUGGAGGGAGUUGAAAGUCUGUGUUGCCCAGCGACAGCCCCAAAACAUCACUGCUCUAGAGGAGAUCUGCAUGGAGGAAUGGGCCAAAAUACCAGCAACAGUGUGUGAAAACCUUGUGAAGACUUACAGAAAACGUUUGACCUGUGUCAUUGCCAACAAAGGGUAUAUAACAAAGUAUUGAGAAACUUUUGUUAUUGACCAAAUACUUAUUUUCCACCAUCAUAUGCCAAUAAACCAUUAAAAAUCCUACAAUGUGAUUUUCUGGAUUUUUUUUUCUCAUUUUGUCUGUCAUAGUUGACGUGUACCUAUGAUGAAAAUUACAGGCCUCUCUCAUCUUUUUAAGUGGGAGAACUUGCACAAUUGGUGGCUGACUAAAUACUUUUUUUCCCCACUGUAUUUGGCAGAUGUUAUUGCAGGUGUAGCGAAAUGCUUGUGUUCCUAGCUCCAACAGUGCAGUAAUAUCUAACAAUACACACAAAUCUAAAAAGUAAAAAAAUGGAAUUAAGAAAUAAAUAAAUAAAUGUUAGGACGAGCGAUGUCGGAGUCCGCAGUGUGUGUGUGUGUGUGUGUGUGUGUGUGUGAUGGGAUAUACAGUGAGGUAAAAUAGUAUUUGAUCCCCUGCUGAUUUUAUACGUUUGCCCACUGACAAAGACAUGAUCAGUCUAUAAUUUGAAUGGUAGGUUUAUUUGAACAGUGAGAGACAGAAUAACAACCAAAAAAUCCAGAAAAACGCAUGUCAAAAAUGUUAUAAAUUGAUUUGCAUUUUAAUGAGGGAAAUAAGUAUUUGACCCCUCUGCAAAACAUGACUUAGUACUUGGUGGCAAAACCCUUGUUGGCAAUCACAGAGGUCAGACGUUUCUUGUAGUUGGCCACCAGGUUUGCACACAUCUCAGGAGGGAUUUUGUCACACUCCUCUUUGCAGAUCUUCUCCAAGUCAUUAAGGUUUCAAGGCUGACGUUUGGCAACUCGAACCUUCAGCUCCCUCCACAGAUUUUCUAUGGGAUUAAGGUCUGGAGACUGGCUAGGCCACUCCAGGACCUUAAUGUGCUUCUUCUUGAGCCACUCCUUUGUUGCCUUGGCAGUGUGUUUUGGGUCAUUGUCAUGCUGGAAUACCCAUCCACGACCCAUUUUCAAUGCCCUGGCUGAGGGAAGGAGGUUCUCACCCAAGAUUUGACGGUACAUGGCCCCGUCCAUCGUCCCUUUGAUGCGGUGAAGUUGUCCUGUCCCCUUAGCAGAAAAACACCCCCAAAGCAUAAUGUUUCCACCUCCAUGUUUGACGGUGGGGAUGGUGUUCUUGGGGUCAUAGGCAGCAUUCCUCCUCCUCCAAACACGGCGAGUUGAGUUGAUGCCAAAGAGCUCGAUUUUGGUGUCAUCUGACCACAACACUUUCACCCAGUUCUCAUCUGAAUCAUUCAGAUGUUCAUUGGCAAACUUCAGAUGGCCCUGUAUAUGUGCUUUCUUGAGCAGGGGGACCUUGCGGGCGCUGCAGGAUUUCAGUCCUUCACGGCGUAGUGUGUUACCAAUUGUUUUCUUGGUGACUAUGGUCCCAGCUGCCUUGAGAUAAUUGACAAGAUCCUCCCGUGUAGUUCUGGGCUGAUUCCUUACCAUUCACAUGAUCAUUGCAACUCCACAAGGUGAGAUCUUGCAUGGAGCCCCAGGCCGAGGGAGAUUGACAAGUCUUUUGUGUUUUUCCAUUUGCGAAUAAUCGCACCAACUGUUGUCACCUUCUCACCAAGCUGCUUGGCGAUGGUCUUGUAGCCCAUUCCAGCCUUGUGUAGGUCUACAAUCUUGUCCCUGACAUCCUUAGAGAGCUCUUUGGUCUUGGCCAUGGUGGAGAGUUUGGAAUCUGAUUGAUUGAUUGCUUCUGUGGACAGGUGUCUUUUAUACAGGUAACGAGCUGAGAUUAGGAGCACUCCCUUUAAGAGUGUGCUCCUAAUCUCAGCUCGUUACCUGUAUAAAAGACACCUGGGAGCCAGAAAUCUUUCUGAUUGAGAGGGGGUCAAAUACUUAUUUCCCUCAUUAAAAUGCAAAUCAAUUCAUAACAUUUUUUACAUGCGUUUUUCUGGAUUUAUUUGUUGUUAUUCUGUCUCUCACUGUUCAAAUAAACCUACCAUUAAAAUUAUAGACUGAUCAUUUCUUUGUCAGUGGGCAAACGUGCAAAAUCAACAGGGGAUCAAAUACUUUUUUCCCUCACUGUAUAGUCAAUAUGGACAGUAUAUGGAUAGAAUAUGUAAUAUAUCUGAAGAAUAGUAUAUGUACAGCAAUAGUUAAAUAGGAUAUGCCUUGACUAGAAUACAGUAUAUGCUGUACAUAUGAAGUGUGUAAAAUAGUAUGUAAACAUUAUUAAAGUGACCAGUGUUCCAUGACUAUGUACAGUGCCUUGCAAAAGUAUUUAUCCCCCUUGCUUUCUUCCUAUUUUGUUGCAUUACAACCUGUAAUUAAAUGGAUUUUUAUUUGGAUAUCAUGUAAUGGACAUACACAAAAUAGUCCAAAUUGGUGAAGUGAAAUGAAAAAAAUAACUUGUUUCAAAACAUUCAAAAAAAUAAAUAACAGAAAAGAGGUGCGUGCAUGUGUAUUCACCCCCUUUGCUUUGAAGCCCCUAAAUAAGAUCUGGUGCAACCAAUUACCUUCAGAAGUCACAUAAUUAGUUAAAUAAAGUCCACCUGUGUGCAAUCUAAGUGUCACAUGAUCUGUCACAUGAUCUCAGUAUAUAUACACAUGUUCUGAAAGGCUCCAGAGUCAGCAACACCACUAAGCAAAGGGCACCACCAAGCAAAUGGCACCAUUAAGACCAAGGAGCUCUCCAAACAGGUCAGGGACAAAGUUGUGGAGAAGUACAGAUCAGGAUUGAGUUCUAAAGAAAUCUCUGAAACUUUGAACAUCCCACGGAGCACCAUUCAAUCCAUUAUUUAAAAAUUGAAAGAAUAUGGCACCACAACAAACCUGCCAAGAGAGGGCCGCCCACCAAAACUAAAGGACCAGGCAAGGAGGGCAUUAAUCAGAGGCAACAAAGAGACCAAAGAUAACCCUGAAGGAGCUGCAAAGCUCCACAGCGGAGAUUGGAGUAUCUGUCCAUAGGACCACUUUAAGCCGUACACUCCACAGAGCUGGGCUUUACGGAAGAGUGGCCAGAGAAAAGCCAUUGCUUAAAGAAAAAAACAAGCAAACACGUUUGGUGUUCGCCAAAAGCCAUGUGGGAGACUCCCCAAACAUAUGGAAGAAGGUACUCUGGUCAGAUGAGACUAAAAUUGAGCUUUUUGGCCAUCAAGGAAAAUGCUAUGUCUGGCGCAAAUCCAACACCUCUCAUCACCCAAGAACAUACAUCGUUUUUAAAUCGGCAGGGACUAGGAAACUGGUCAGAAUUGAAGGAAUGAUGGAUGGUGCUAAAUACAGGGACAUUCUUGAGGGAAACCUGUUUCAGGUGUUCCAGAGAUUUGAGACUGGGAUGGAGGUUCACCUUCCAGCAGGACAAUGACCCUAAGCAUACUGCUAAAGGAACACUCAAGUGGUUUAAGGGGAAACAUUUAAAUGUCUUGGAAUGGCCUAGUCAAAGCCCAGACCUCAAUCCAAUUGAGAAUCUGUGGUAUGAUUUAAAGAUUGCUGUACACCAGCGGAACCCAUCCAACUUGAAGGAGCUGGAGCAGUAUUGCCUUGAAGAAUGGGCAAACAUCCCAGUGGCUAGAUGUGCCAAGCUUAUAGAGACAUACCCCAAGAGACUUGCAGCUGUAAUUGAUGCAAAAGGUGGCUCUACAAAGUAUUGACUUUGGGGGGGGGUGAAUAGUUAUGCACGCUCAAGUUAUCUGUCAAGAAAAAAUAUUUUGCAACUUCAAAGUGGUAGGCAUGUUGUGUAAAUCAAAUGAUACAAACCCCCCAAAAAUCCAUUUUAAUUCCAGGUUGUAAGGCAACAAAAUAGGAAAAAUGCCAAGGGUGGUGAAUACUUUCGCAAGCCUCUAAGGUGCAUGUUACAGUAACCGGGUGGUAGCUGGCUAGUGACAGUGACUAGGGGUGCUGUCAUGUGGUGACUAUUUAACAGUCUGAUGGCCUUGAGAUAGAAGCUGUUUUACAGUCUCUCGGUCCCAGCUUUGAUGCACCUGUACUGACCUCGCCUUUUGGAUGGUAGCGGGGUGAACAGGCCAUGGCUCGGGUGGCUGAGGUCCUUGAUGAUCUUCUUGGCCUUCCUGUGACACCGGGUGCUGUAGAUGUCCUGGAGGGCAGGCAAUGUGCCCCCGGUGACGCGUUGGGAAGACCGCACCACCCUCUGGACAGCCCUGCGGUUGCGGACGGUGCAGUUGCCGUACCAGGUGGUGAUGCAGCCCGACAGAACACUCUCAAUGGUGCAUCUGUAAAGGUUUGUGAGGGUCUUAAGGGCCAAGACAAAUUUCUUCAGCCUCCUGAGGGUGAAGAGGCACUGUUGCGACUUCUUCACCACACUGUUUGUGUGGUGUGUAUUAAUUUGUGGAUGUCCAUCAUCCAUUUUGUAUGUUAUGUUGCGAAUUACAAUUUGUAUAUGUUACGAAUUGCAAUUCAAAAUGUUACGAAUUUGAAAUACGUAUGGUAUGUUAAGAAUUCCAAUUAGUUGUGGCUAAGGUUAGCUAGGUCGCUAAUGCUAACGUUAGCUAGGUGGGUAACAUUAGCUAGGCUAGGGUUAGGGCAGGGUUUUCCAAACUCGGUCCUCGGGACCCCAAGGGGUGCAUGUUUUGUUUUUUGCCCUAGCACUACACAGCUGAUUCAAAUAAUCAACUAAUCAUCAAUCUUUGAUAAUGUUAAUCAGCUGUGCCAUUGGUUCUGGCCAUGGGAAAGGCUGACAUUACAGACAUCAUAGAUUUGUAGAAUGUUCCAGAAUGUCCUCAUCUGUCCCCAGGUCACCCACGCUUCUUCAAUCAGCUGUCAUCAGGGCUGGAUGUCAUCGGUCUGGCCGGGGAAUGGCUGACAUCUACCGCCAACACAAACAUGUAAGAUUUACAUUCCUUUUUAAUUUUAGAAAGUUGACUGAGAACACAUUCUUAUUUACAGCAACGACCUGGGGAAUAGUUACAAGGGAGAGGAGGGGGGAUGAAUAAGCCAAUUGGAAGCAAAAAAUACAUUCCCCCUGGGUGAACAUAUUUUGUUUUUGCCCUAGCACUACACAGCUGACUCAAGUAAUCAAAACUUGAUGAGUUGUUUAUUUGAAUCAGCUGUGUAGUGCUAGGGCAAAAACUAAAUAUGUGCACCCAGGCGUGGCCCCAGGACUGAGUUUGGGAAACCCUGUUUUAGAUCAUAAUGAAUAAAAUUAUAUAGACAGGGUGGACCUUAUCCUAGAUCAGCACUCCUACUCUGAGGCGCUUGAUACAUACGGGCCCAGUUGACACUAGGGACUACGGUGUGAUCUGUUCUCUGGUAAAUGUCAUUCUGCAAUAUGAGUUAAAGAUCCAAUAUGUAAAACCAUUUUUCUAGGUUUACUUAUGAAGUGUCCCCAGUGUUCAUUCUGAUGGAGGAGGUUCUACUGAGGAAGAUGCAGGAGAUUGUGGGUUGGUCAGAGGAAGAGGGGGAUGGUGUUUUCUGUCCAGGUACAGUGUUAGCUACAUUCUGACCUUACUAUCAACACAAACAAUGUAGCCAAUGACAAACAUACACUGUGAUACAUUUAUCCUUGUUACUUCCAUUGAAUUGGUUCAUUUUGUCCUCUUAAUCUUGGAUAUAUUGUUUAAUUGUUAUGAAGUUAAAUUAAAUUAUAAGAUUAAGACAAUCUCUUAGUGAGAUAUCCAUCUAUAAUACAGUAUGUAUAUAUAUUUCCUCAGGAGGGACCAUGUCCAAUCUGUACAGUGUACUACUGGCCAGAUACCACUUUUUCCCUGAAGUGAAGACCAAAGGGAUGACUGCUCUGCCCAGGCUAAUCCUCUUCACCUCAGCACAUGUACGCAUCACCAAUAUUCACAUUAGGUCAUGUUUAUUCACAUUAUCUAUAAACAUGUACUGACAAAUACUUUUUUCCCUCCUCUAGAGUCAUUAUUCAGUCAAGAAAUCUGCGGCAGUCCUUGGGAUAGGGAGUGAAAAUGUUGUGGUGGUGAAAUGUGAUGACCGGUAAGCAAGGACGGCAGAGUGAUUUGCAUUUGUUGAUCGUGAAUGUUGACAAUAUCAUCAGAGCUAGAGGAGUGAUGUUGUUUUUUCUAUUCAAGGGGAAAGAUGAUCCCUGCAGAAUUGGAGUCAAGUAUCAUUACUGCCAAAGAUCAGGUAAUGGAUGAAUGAGUCUGCUCUUGCCAAACUGAGGAAUAAAGGGAUUUUUGAAUGAAAUACAUGUAAGCAUACCUGUAUACAGUAUUUUCAGCCAGGGAAGGAUUUAGUCAAAUUAGGAAGAAACAGACACCCCCAACAGAUCAAACCAGAAUUUCUGUUUUCCAGUCAACAACAUUGUCUGGUGCAUAAAAUGAGCUACCAGAGCUCCAGUGCGUUGGCAGGGAUUAUUUCACAGGAUCAGGUCAAUACACUCAUCAUGAUUCCUGUCAUCUUUCUCCCUCUCUCUCUCUCUCUUCAGGGUUGUGUCCCGUUCUACGUCAAUGCCACAGCAGGCACCACUGUGUACGGAGCCUUUGAUCCUCUCAAUGCCAUCGCAGACAUCUGUGAGAGCCAUGGACUCUGGCUGCAUGUUGAUGUAUUUACCUUAAAGCAUCUGUCUAUACAUCACGGUUUAACGGACACAGAUUUAUCUUUAUCCUGGAUUUAAAAUAUGUUUCAAUUGGCCAUGCUUUUUAGUCCAGUACUAGGCAUAAUUUGUGUCUGGGAAACCGUCCCCAUAAGAAUUUAUAAAAUAUGUGAAGAUAAGAUUGUAUUUACAGUAAGAUUCUCUUUAUUUCUUAACAGGCAGCCUGGGGCGGAGGACUGUUGAUGUCCAAGAGGCACCGUGUGAAACUACAAGGGAUUGAACGGUAGGUACGGUAACCAGAGAGAACAGAGACUUGAGGACACCCAAAAUCUACAGCUCCCCGAAAAGAUAAUAUAUUGCUAGUUUUCACUCUAACGUAUAGCCAGGAUCAAUUCAAUUUGGGGGGUACUGUUUCCAUUUACAAUUGAAUUGGAAUUGACCCUCAACAGCAACUGCCUUGAUUGGUUCUUACAUGCAGGUCUAUUUGAAUUAUUUUCAUUAUAGAGCCUGGUCUGUGACUUGGAACCCUCAUAAAAUGAUGGGUGCUCCGCUGCAAUGCUCAGCCAUACUGGUGAAGAAAAGGGUGAGUAGUCUAACACUAUGAUUUUUCUAAAAUCAAGAUGAACAUUACAUGCACACACAACACAGAAACACACACACAGAGAAACACACACACACACACACACAUAAUGUAAUCAGUGGUUUCUCACUCACAGGGCCUCUUGCAAGCCUGUAAUCAGCUGUGUGCAGAAUACCUCUUCCAAACUGACAAGCACUAUGACACCUCGUAUGACACCGGAGACAAGACCAUUCAGUGUGGCAGACACGUUGAUGUCUUCAAGCUCUGGCUCAUGUGGAAGGCCAAGGUAUGUAACCACACUCACAUGGAUCUUUUUAUUUUCUUUAUCAACUGAUCAAUAAAACACAUUUUAUACCCAUUCCUCUACAUUUAUAUUGUAUUUUUUAUAUGUCUCUUCUUAGGGUUCAGAAGGCUUUGAAUCACAGGUCAAUAAAUGUUUGGAAAAUGCUGAGCACUUGUUUGACAAAAUCAAACAAAGACCAGACUUUGAACUCGUCUUCAAAGGCAAAGUAAGUCUGUUUUUUUUAAAGUCCCGGUAGUUAUUGAAUAAUUCCUCAGUGAAAUGAAUCGUUGCUAAGCCUUAUCUAUAACACAUCCCCAUGCAGCCUGAACACAGCAACGUGUGCUUCUGGUACAUCCCACCAAGUCUGAGGAAAAUGCCACCAGGUCCUGAGAGGAACAGGAGACUCCAUGAGGUAAUGCUACACAUUGGGUUUCUAAUGUUAGUGAUAUAUUAGAUGCGUCUUAAUUCAACCUUUGUGGUUCUUUAUCCAUUAGAUGCUGCAGAUACUGUACCUGUACUCAUAACUAGCAGCAACACAUUAUGACUUCAGUUCAUACUCUUUAAAUCUAUACUCUAUAAAGCUAUAGCUAAAUAACUGUUUGGUUUCUAAGGUGGCACCAAAGAUCAAAGCCAAGAUGAUGGAGCAGGGGAUGGCCAUGAUUGGCUAUCAGCCGCUUGGAGACAAAGUGAACUUCUUCCGAUGUGUCUUCUCCAACCCGGCCACACAGACAGAGGAUGUGGACUACCUGUUGGAGGAGAUCGCUUGUCUCGGUCAUGAUAUAUGCAUCAGGAUUGAGACCAAUUUAUGA